UCGGCGCAGAGUCAACAACAACUGCGCCAUGGCCGCGACUUCGAGCGGCGCGAGUGACGGGACACAAGAGAGAGAAAAUCUUCAGAAGACUGACGAUAAUGACUCGAAGAACAAAAAUUCUCGUAAUAGAGAUUACCCCGAUGGCGUUUCUUCGACAGAAGCUACGAUCAAAGAAGAGAAAGACCCAGGAGAAGCCCUGGAAUCGGCGCUGGCGCAACUGGGCCACUUCAGACUGUACCAGCGCUACAAUAUGAUAAUGCUGUGUCUGCCCAACCUGCUGGCGGCCAUGUACACGCUCAACUACGUGUUUGUUGCUGAUCAGGUCCCGUUCCGAUGCGUAGUACCAGAAUGCGAAGGCACGAGUGACAUAAGCUUCGUGAACGAGAGUGCGCAGGCGCUACUCCCAGCCGACUCGCGCUGCCGCCGCUAUUCGCCACUGCUAGAUGGCGCUUCUUGCGAUCGCGAUCACUUCCACCUGAACAACACGCAAGACUGCGACAUGUUUGUUUACGAGAAUCUCGACACUACUUUUGCUGAGUUCGGCCUGGCGUGUUCAGAGUGGCGACGCACCCUCGUGGGUACCGUGCGUAACUCUGCGCUGCCGCUGGCGCUGCUACUCACUGGAUAUAUAUCUGAUGCUUGGGGGCGUCGCACCGCGUUCUGCAUCUUCUCCUUCUUCGCCGGCCUGAUGGGCAUCAUCAAGGCGUUCUCCGUCAACUACCAGAUGUACGUGGCCGUGGAGUUCUUUGAGGCUGCCCUCGGGUACGGCUUCAACAGCGCUGCUUACAUUAUGAUGGUAGAACUAGCGCGCCCGUCCCUGCGAGCAGCGUUCAGCUGCGCGACAGGAGUAGCGUACGGGCUCGGAGGAGUGUUGUUCGCGCUGAUAGCAUGGCUGGUGCCGUAUUGGCGACGACUACUUGUCGUGAUCCACACGCCGGCGCUGCUGCUGCCGCUGUACUGGCUGCUCGUCGACGAGAGCGCGCGCUGGCUGCAUGUCACUGGAAAAACUGAUAAGACUGCUGCUGUUAUUAGAAAGGCUGCUAGGUGGAACAAGAUAACUCUAGAUGAAGAAGUGAUGAAGUCUCUGGAGAAAGACUGCCAGAAGACAGAGUCGCAACCUCGAGGGAACCCGUGGGCGAGCUUGCUGCGCUCGCGCGUGUUAUUGGGCCGCUUUGCCGUAUGCUGCUGGUGCUGGGUGGCCACCACCUUCGUCUACUACGGCCUCACCAUCAACUCCGUAUCGCUGUCUGGUGACAAGUACGUGAACUUCGCGCUAAACAUGUCGAUGGAGGUGGUGGCGUCGCUGUUGAUCAUGAUGGCGCUGGAACGGUUUGGUCGACGCAGGAGCAUCUUUAUAGCAUUUCUACUUUGCGGCGUCGCUUGCGUCACGCCGUACUUUGUUUCUCACACGGGCACGGGGCUGGGCCUGUUCUUCGUGGGCAAGCUGGCGAUCACGUUCGCGUUCAACUCGGUGUACGUGUUCACGGCGGAGCUGUUCCCGACCGGCACGCGCUCCUCGGCGCUGGCGGCGUGCUCGCUGGUCGGCCGGCUCGGCUCCAUCCUCGCGCCGCAGACGCCGCUGCUGAACCUGUACGUACAAGCUCUCCUAUACGGCGCGUGCUCGCUGACGGGUGCGCUGGCGGUGCUGGCGGUGCCGGAGACGCGGCGCGCGCGCCUGCCGCUUUUAGUAGAUGAUGCAGAGCGCAUGCGCAGAGACGUACUCGAUGACCACGUGCCGCCGCCGCCGUCGCCGCCUCGACCGACUGUUCUUUCGGCUGACUCGUAACAGGAGAAGGCACCACGGGCCAAUGACAUACAUACAUAACUUUACAUAAUCUCUACACUAACGGGGGUGCUGGCUUCGUGCUCCUCGUAGUGUCGAUCGCGAGUAUCAGAAAUUGCUGAUUGCAGGGACGAGGCGAGGACGCCUCGUUCCGUUCAAGUUAGAUCUUGGGUCAACAACUACGACUCACAUAGCGUUAUUAACUUCCGCAAUCAUAUUCAUGCAUCCACUGUCACAUUCAACAAACAAACUCAACUUGCAUCAAGAAAGAUUGUAGGUACUACUUAAUUGCAAAAAAUAGCUCUAAAUGUCAUACUAUACAUAUAAUCAUAAUUGCUAUAAUAAUCAUAGAAUUAUAAGUAAGUACAGUCUUGAGCAAUAUCAUGAACCCACUUUAGAACCCUGUCGCACUA